AUGUGCAUGAAAGUCUUUGUCCUCCAACGCUGCCUCAGCGUUCAAAAUGGCGGCUGCGACGGCUACUUCGCAGAAUAUCUCGAACAGCGAGAAUGCAACCACAUGGCCCUCCCAGGCCUCCCGCAACAUGACUGCCGUGCCGUCUGGGCAGGCUUCGAAGACGAGCGCAGCGCCAAAGCCCUCCACCGCGACGAGUACGCCAAGCGCGCUCACAAGCUCUGCCCAGACUGCCGGGUCCGGGUCCGGCUAGCCUACGUCGAUAGCGAGGCACAGGUGGAGCGCCGGGGCGAGUACUCGGAUCGUAUGAAGUCCAUCAUGGACGACCUGACACAGCGCGCGGAGUUGGGACAGAUGGAGUUCAUGAACCGGGUGUAUCGCGACAUGUGGGAUGCGUCACUGGAGUUCGUCCACGGGGUGGCGAGGACGACUGAUGAGUCGUGGAAUGGGAUUGAGGCGGCGCUACGGCGGCACUUUGGGGAGAGCGGUAUGGGUUUGAUUGUUGUGGGAAACCUGGUUCGGGACUUGAAGAUUGCGAAGAAGGAGUUGCUUGGGCAGGUGAAGAAUUCGACUAUGGAGAUGGCGACGGCGCUGGUUGGGCCAAAUAUGGAUUUCCAGCAGAAUCUGGAGGCUGGUGGGUUCAACAGUGGCGAAGGAUACAUCAAUGACGAAUGGAGGCUGCAGAGAAAGGUGGCUGUGGAUGCCUCGAGGGCGAGAGCUGAAGCUGGGAACCUCGAAAGCGACGACGAGUUGGAGUUUCACUCUCAAUUCGUCCGGGCCGGUUGGACAUAUGAAUAA